GAGAUUUUGGGAUUUAAUUUUUCUUGAAAAUUGUAGCCCAUUCCCGGUGUCUCCACACAGAAUCCUCUUCUUUGGGAAAGUGAAUAUUGAGCCCUGGAAAAUAACUGAAUGACGUCUGUGGAUUUGAAAAUUGCAGUAAUCUUCCUGGUCCAGAUUACCAUUGGAAUCCUGGGGAAUUUCUCACUCUUAUAUCAUUAUAUGUCCCUUUGCUUCAAUGGAGGUAGGUCAAGAUCCACAGAUGUGAUUUUCAGGCACUUGACUGUAGCCAACUCUUUGGUCAUUCUCUCGAGAGGAAUCCCGGAGACCAUGGCAGCUUUUGGGUUGAGAUAUUUUCUCAAUGACUUUGGAUGCAAAGUUGUUUUCUAUAUGCACAGAGUGGCCAGGGGUGUGUCCAUUGGCACUACCUGCCUCUUGAGUAUCUUCCAGGCCAUCACCAUCAGUCCCAGGAGUUCCAGGUGGGCAGAGAUGAAAGCAAAAGCCCUGAAGUACAUUGGCCCCUCCACCAUUUUGUGCUGGAUUCUGCACAUGUUGGUAAAUAUCAUAGUACCUAUGUAUGUGAUUAAAAAAUGGAGUAAUGAAAACAUCACAACUAUAGACUUUAAGUACUGUUCAGCUACACUUCAUGACAAAGGUACAGACUUCCUAUGUGCAACUGUCACAUCCAUCCCUGAUGUUUUGUGUUUGGGGCUCAUGUCCUGGGCCAGCGGCUCCAUGGUUUUCAUCCUUUACACACACAAGCAGAGGGUCCAACACAUUCAUAGGAACAACCUGUCAUCUAGAUUCUCCCCUGAGACCAGAGCCACUCAAACCAUCCUUGUCCUGGUAAGCACCUUUGUAUCUUUUUAUACCCUCUCUUCCAUCAUUUACAUUUGUUUUUCUUGUUUUGGCAAGACCACUUGGUGGCUGGCGAACACCUCUGCCUUAAUCAAUAUCUGUUUCCCAACUGUCAGCCCCUUUAUUCUCUUAAGUUGUAACCCCUGUGUAUCUAGACUCUUCUGUACAUGUACUGGAAGAAAUACACAACUACCCCAUCUCACCAGAAACAUAUAAAUUGUAUGUUUUUUACCAUGUUUGGUCAUUGAUAUACUCAUUCCCAGUAGAAUCCUACACACAAUUACAAGCCAGUCUCCUUGUAGAUUGAGUUGUGAAAAAGACAGGAAGAGCAUCUGUUUCAGUAACAACUGAAAUAUGAAAAUACUUCUGGAGAAAGAUGAGCAUGUAAAAUACUUUCAGGUAAACAUUAGAACAAUGAAUUGCAGAAGACAAAGGAAAACAAGCAAGAAGACAUGUCAGCUGAUACUUAGAAAGUGUGCAGGUAAGAAGCAAACAGACGUUUCGUUUCAUCAAAUUAAAUGUAUGUGGGG